AUGUUUGUGGUAAAGACACUAGCGAGACAAAAUCUAGCAUUUUGUGGAAGUAGUGGGAAGAUUGGAGAAGAUGGUAAUGGGAAUUUUUUAAGCUUUAUUGAGAUUCUUGCUGAUUUUGAUCCUGUAAUGAUAGAGCAUCUUAGAAGAUUUAAAACUCGUGCAACUCGUUUUCAUUAUCUCAUCAAUAAAAUUCAGAAUGAGUUGACAGCUUUGUUAGCUAAUGAGAUCAAGGCUAUGAUAAUCAAGAAAAUUCAAGUUGAUGAUACAUCUGGCGAAGGACUUCUAGGUGAGCUUCUUGAUGUGUUGGCUACUUUUGACUUGAAAGUUGAUGAUGUUUGGGGGCAAGAUAAGGUGAGAGGCCUAACACUCAAGCCAUUAUCACAUACUCGAUGGGAGAGUCAUUUUCUUAAUUUCAAAAGUACAGAGAUACAUGUUUUGAGAAAGCAAAGUUGGAAGCUAAAAAGUAGCAGAUUCUGUGGAGAUUGA